GAUAGUUAACCAGUGAAGACCAUCCAAGAUACAAAGUCUGCUUAAGCUUUGCCUACAAUAUAUAUUUAAAUAAUGGCAAUCAGUUUAGCUUCUUUCCUAUCUGUCAUGUGUCUAUGUGCUAGUGUCGCCCUUCUCAACCCAAUCAGCUGCAAUGCUCAGUACUUCUUCAUUUUUGGAGACUCAAUCUUUGAUCCUGGUAACGCUAUUUUCAUCGACCCUGCCAACCCAAGUCCAGCUUUUUUUCCACCUUAUGGCGAAACCUUCCCUGGCCAUCCUACAGGAAGAUUAUCUGAUGGUCGUUUAAUUCCUGAUUUUAUUGCUACCUUCCUGAAUAUACCUUUUAUCCCACCAGUUCUAAAUACCGAUGCAGAUUUCAGCCAUGGUGCUAGCUUUGCCUCUGCUGGUGCUGGUGUUUUCAAUAACUAUGAUAAAGCGAUGAACCUUGAACAACAGUAUGGCAAUUUUACACAAUUUGUUAAGAACUGGAAAGAACAAUACGGUGAAGCCGAAGUCGAUAAGAGAUUGAAGGAAGCUGUUUACUUGAUGAACAUGGGCGGUAAUGACCAUUUUACCUUUAACACAAAACACCCAAUUGCCACCUUCGCAGAAAUGCAAGAAUAUGCAACUGCUGUGGUUGGCAACUUCACAAUAAUCGUCAAGAAAAUUUAUACUGAAUUUGGGGCAAGAAAAUUCAUGUUUCAGAACGUAGCACCUGUUGGUUGCUUACCAAUGAACAAACAAGAAAACAGCAUCACUGGUGAUGGUUGCGCUCCAAACCUCUUAACACUCGCAUCACUCCACAAUGAUCUCCUAGAUAAAGUGAUGGAGUCAAUGAAGAAAUCGUCUGAGUAUCCAGGAUUUACUUCCUCAAUUUUUGAUUUUUUCACUCAGAUUAAAGAUAGAAUAAGCCGACCUACGGAUUUCGGUUUUGAGGAAGGGGCAAUAGCAUGUUGUGGCACCGGAAGUAACCGCGGAGAAGGCUGUGGAGGAGAUGGAUCUUAUGAGAAGUGCGAGGAGCCAUCUAAAUAUGUGUAUUUCGAUGGAGGGCAUAACACUGAAGCAACUUAUUUGCAAUUGGCACUGUUAAUGUGGAACGGAACAUCUGAUGCUGUAUAUCCUCACACUAUGGAACAUCUAUUUAGCUAUGUGCCCAUUCAUAAUGUCAACACUAAACCCUUGUUUUUAGCUUAAGUAUCUUUCUCAAAGCUUUGUAUGCACGUCUACUAAAUAAAUUACCUUUCCUAA